AUGUCACAUUUAAUAAUAAUAGUAAUAAUGGUUUUAUUGUUUAAUAUUGGUUCCAUUCAUACUCAAACCGAUGUGCCAGGUCAAUGUACACAAGAAUUAAGAUUUAAACAAUGGCAAAUCAUCGUCCUUGCAAUAGCUCUACCAAUAAUAUUGUUCUAUAUUAUAUUGAUAGUCAUUCUAUUAAAGAGAAGAAGAACCAUCAAGAAGCAAUCAGCCAAGGCAAAUACAUUGCCAAUUUAG